AUGCAGCUUCGCAGGGCCGCGAGGGUCAUCCUCGUCGGCGCGCCGGGCGUCGGCAAGGGAACGCAGAGCGAGCGCCUCCUGCGGCGUUUCCCCCAACUGAAGUCCAUCAGCACCGGCGACCUGCUGCGCAGCAACGUCAAGAGGCGGACGCCUCUAGGUAGGUGGUCGGAUCGUCGGAAGUCCUCGCGGCGGGCGUCGCUGACGGGUCGUCUCCCUCCCGCAGGCAUCAUGGCCGAAAGCACCAUCAAGACGGGAGGCCUCGUCGCCGACGACCUCAUGCUCCGUCUCAUCUCGAGCGAGCUCCGCACGCGCGGCUGGCUCGGCCGCGACGCCCCCGCCGUCAUGACCCUCUCCUCGGAGGCGACGGCCACCGAGAUGGGCGCGCACGAUGACGAGCGGCAGCCCAUGGACGGCUACGUCGGCGCGCCGUGGUCGCUCCCUCCGACGCGCGAGUCUGCCUCGGCGGCCCCGCGCGCCUCGGACGACCCGGCUGCCUCCUUCAUCCUCGACGGCUACCCCCGCAGCGCCUCGCAGGCGACGACGCUCGACGCCAUCGUGCCCAUCAACCUCGCCGUCUCCAUCAAGACGCCCUUUUCCGUCAUCCUCGAGCGCAUCGCCGGCCGCUGGGUCCACGAGCCCUCGGGCCGCGUCUACAACACCACGUUUCGCGCGCCUCGCGUCGCCGGCCGCGACGACGUUACCGGGGAGCCGCUGACCCAACGGCCCGACGACACCGAGGACGUCUACCGCGCCCGCUUCCGCCGCUUCGAGGAGACGAGCGAGCCGCUGCUCGAGCACUACGCCAAGAAGGGCGUCCUCCUCGAGGUCGAAGGCUUGAGCAGCGACGAGAUCAGCCCGAAGCUGUACGGCGAAUUCGAGAAGCGCUUCGUCGGCUGA